AUGGGAAUUCGAUAAUAGUAACGCCUGGCUCUAGCUAAACAAAAUUAUCUAGGAUUGCGGCUGGAGCUGCGGGUCUUUGGGUCUCUUCCCAGGAACGCUAACGUCGGCAACGCUCUGAUCCUCUAAGUUUAAACCAGAAGAGCCUCUAUGCUGCUUAGUCUGGGCACCUGCCUGGUGCUCAGCUCCCAGGCAGCCAAAGGCUAACGCAUCUGCCCUGGGCCGGUGCCCCAGGAAGGCUCCGCAGCUUAGACGCUUCUUGACCAUCUCCAGGCGCUAGCACAGAAAGUGAAGCGGUCCAGUUGCUGGGGAACACCCCACUCCUCAAUGAUUCUCCCCCAACCCCUUACACUCCUUUCCUUCUAAAGCCUAAACUGGACGACAGAUUUUCCAAUCCCCCAAGUCCCUUCCUCCGAAACGCACACAACCCUCCCUGCGUUCAAGGGAGCUCCGUCCCAAGCAAGCCCCACUGCCCAGGGCCCCAACGGCUGCGCUGGGGGAGUCGUCCCCACGCGCCUGCUCCGGCACAGACGCGGGGCAGUACCAGGCAAAGGAAGGACGUGGAAAGGGGAAGGAGAGAAAGGAGUUGGAUUCGAAGCCAGAGAGCUCACUUUCCUCGCAGCCAUGGGCUCGGCUCACCUGCCGCCCCCGAGCCUCCCGCCCCUGCUCACAGCCGCCUAACUCCGGGAGCGAGAUGGAGGCGCUCGCCUGGCUCCUGCCCCCGCUCGUCCUGCUGUGCGCCCAGCAGCACAGAUACACCAGAGCAAUGAAUGAUAUUGGCGAUUACAUAGGUUCUAAUGUGGAAAUAUCCUGGCUCCCCAAUCUGGAUGAUCUAAUGGAAGGCUAUGCCCGGAAUUUCAGGCCUGGUAUUGGAGGUCCUCCUGUGAAUGUGGCUCUCGCCCUUGAGGUUGCCAGCAUUGACCACAUAUCGGAAGCUAACAUGGAGUACACCAUGACCGUGUUCUUGCAUCAGAGCUGGCGAGAUAGCCGAUUGUCUUACAACCACACCAAUGAAACCCUGGGCUUAGACAGCCGCUUUGUGGACAAGCUUUGGCUCCCAGACACCUUCAUUGUCAAUGCCAAAUCAGCCUGGUUCCAUGAUGUAACAGUGGAAAACAAGCUUAUUCGGCUGCAGCCCAAUGGGGUGAUUCUAUACAGUAUCAGAAUCACCUCCACGGUGGCCUGUGACAUGGACCUCUCCAAGUAUCCCAUGGAUGAACAGGAGUGUAUGCUAGACCUGGAAAGCUAUGGUUACUCUUCAGAGGAUAUCGUGUACUACUGGUCAGAAAACCAAGAGCAAAUUCAUGGCUUAGACAAGCUACAGCUGGCACAGUUCACCAUCACCAACUACCAGUUCACCACUGAGCUAAUGAACUUCAAAUCUGCAGGACAGUUUCCCAGACUCAGUCUACACUUCAAUCUGCGGAGGAACCGAGGUGUCUACAUCAUCCAGUCCUAUAUGCCUUCCAUCCUUCUGGUUGCCAUGUCCUGGGUCUCCUUCUGGAUUAGUCAGUCUGCUGUACCUGCUAGAGUGUCACUAGGUAUCACCACAGUGUUGACCAUGACCACACUGAUGGUCAGCGCCCGCUCUUCCCUCCCUCGGGCGUCAGCCAUCAAAGCUCUGGAUGUGUAUUUCUGGAUCUGCUACGUGUUUGUGUUUGCUGCACUGGUGGAGUAUGCCUUUGCCCACUUCAAUGCAGAUUAUAUGAAGAAGCAAAAGGCCAAGCUGAAGGUCACCAAGCAGAGCAGCGAGAUCAAUGUGAAGAAUGCCAUCGUGCUGUUUUCCCUCUCUGCUGCGGGUAUCAAUCAGGAGCUGGCCAUUUCCCAUCGCCAACACAGAAUCCCAGGCAACCUCAUGGGCUCCUAUCGCUCCGUGGAAGUGGAAACAGGGGAGAUGAAGAAGCAGGAGGGAUCCACAGCUGGAAAAAAGGGAGGCUUGAGGUCAUUUUUCAAGCCCAUCGAUGCUGACACCAUAGAUGUCUAUGCCAGAGCGGUGUUCCCAGCAGCCUUUGCUGCUGUCAAUGUUAUCUACUGGGUGGCAUACACCAUGUAAAAGCAGCUACACACACCACACACAUGUACACACCCAUAUACAAUGUAUACACUCAUACACAUACACACCCAUACACAAUACACAC